UCACGUGACAAAACAUGGCAGCGCCCAUUGAAUGUUGCAUGUGAGGCGCAACUCGUAAACAAAUAGAAAUAUUUGAAGGAACAACUUAGAACCAAAGCUAUGGCUGACGAUAAAGAAGAGAGAAAGGAAGAAUACAAACUUGAGAAGUUUUCUGAAUUAAGAUUUGAAGUGGAAUCUAAAGCAAGUGUGAACUUAGAGUUAUGCGAUGGAAUGGCUGAGGUGUUUGGCACGGAAUUAACCAAAAAUAAGCGCUAUGUGUUUCAAGCCGGCUCCAAAGUGGCCGUGUUCACAUGGCAUGGUUGUACCAUCAAACUCAGCGGCAAGACGGAAGUUGCCUAUGUUUCCAAGGAGACCCCGAUGGUGAUGUACGUAAAUACACAUGCAGCGCUGGAACAGAUGAGGGAGAAAGCAGAUACCGAGAACUCCCGCGGACCAAGGGUGCUUGUUGUUGGGCCAACUGAUGUCGGAAAGAGCACGCUGUGCCGCCUCCUCUGCAACUACGCUGUGCGGCUCGGGCGUGCUCCAGUCCUGGCGGAUCUAGACGUUGGUCAGAAUCAGAUAGGAAUCCCAGGAACAAUAGGGGCUAUCGUCGUGGAGCGGCCUGCUGAUGUGGAGGAGGGCUUCUCGGAGGCAGCACCACUCUGUUUCCACUUCGGACACAAGUCCCCUAGCGAGAAUCUCACACUCUUCAAUCUCCUCGUGUCGCGACUGGCCGAUGUCAUCAAUCUGCGAUGUGAAUCCAGCAACAAAGCCAAUAUGAGCGGGGUUAUCAUCAACACGGGGGGUUGGAUACGAGGAGGGGGAUACGAGGCCAUUAAACAAGCUGCAGGAGCCUUUGAAGUUGAUGCUGUGAUUGUCUUGGACCAAGAGCGGCUGUAUAAUGAGAUGAAACGAGACAUGCCGGAAUUCGUCAAGAUCAUCCUGCUGCCAAAGUCAGGAGGGGUAGUGGAGCGGUCAACACACGUGCGUGCCGAGGGCAGGGACGCCAAGGUGCGGGAAUACUUCUACGGCAUCAAGAACACCCUGUACCCUCACACGUUCGAAGUCAAGUUUGCAGAUGUCAAAAUAUUUAAGAUUGGAGCCCCACCCCUGCCCGAAUCGUGCCUGCCCCUGGGGAUGAAAGCCCAGGACAACAAGACCAAGCUGGUACCCCUGCUGCCCAGUAACAACAUCCUGCACCAUGUCCUGAGCAUCAACUCCUCCACCACCAUCGAACAGACCAUGAUUGAGUCGAACACGCUGGGAUUUAUUGUUGUGACGUCGGUGAACAUGGAGAAAAUGACGUUCAAUGUGCUGUCCCCAGGUGCUCCACCACUGCCCAACACCAACCUGUUUGUCAUGGACAUUCAGUUUAUGGACAUCAAGUGAAGUGCAGGCAUUGUCACAACAUGGGCACUGAACUUUCCAGCAGUCUCAGACAGAGAAAACAUAGUUACUCUGACAAGGAAUAAGUCGCACCUGUCCAGUGAGAGUGUCUGCACUGACUACUGUGGAUCAUACACAAUCAGACACAAUGCCCAGAACAAUAGUGCUCGCAUUCUGAUAAUGACCCAUUAUACAAUGUGCAACACACAGACUUGUAGUCAGGAUUCCUGAAUCAUGAGCACACAAUCCCAGCCCUACCGAUGGUUGCCUAUUUUUUAAGGAUAGACACUCACUUGUCCAUUAGUCCAAGACAAAUGCAAAUCAAGAGGGAUUUGUUUUCUACCAAAAUCUAACUAUUUUACAUAAAUGUUUAGUCCAAAAGGGCCUGCAGAAUAGUUGGAUUGACCAACGGUGUCAACCCCUGUUUUGUAUGUCAUCAACUGUUUUACAAGUCCUUCAUCCAACCCCUGGGCAACAAUAUAUCAUCACCACCACCAUCACCAUCACCAUCACCAUCACCAUCACCACCACCACCACCACCAUCGCUUUGUGCUGUGCUUUUAAAUUCUCUCAAAAGUGUAAUUUUUACCUCCGUAAACUUUUCCUCCUCUGAAAUUGCCAGACUGGAGGAGAUGGCAUACAUGUUCCUCCUUAUGUUGACAUUAUAUUUUGUUUAUUUCUUUUUAGAAUUUAGCGCAAGCCUUUAGUAUUUAUGAAGAAAAUAUUUGAGUGUCAAUGCUGACAGCAACGUUUGUCUAUCAGCUGUCUUUGUUGUUUUUACUACAUUUGCAGGUGAGCUACAGUGCCACGACUGUUUUUUACGACCCUCUCCCAAAUUGUGCCUUGCUUGUACAACCUCCUCCAGACCCAGUCAUACCCUACAGCUGCCUAUCAUGGUAGCACAUGUUAUAUACCUCACUGGGUGGCUCAGUCGUCCAAGGCGGUACAAUUCACUGUGAAAAGUUGUGUCCCUUGGGCACGCCAGAAAUCUAUGAAUGUGGUUUCAAAUCCCAAUUCACCGCGAUUAUGUUGCUUCACUGGCUACAUUGUUGCUUGAGUUAUGAUGGACUCCAACCGUGAAAACCUUCAUUCUACAAUGAUUUGAAGAACAACGACCCUUGGAAGUCUGCUAACAAUGGGAGCUGCGAUAGCUGUGUAGCUGAUAGCUUCAAUGGGGUGAAACGGUGUAAGGUCAUGUCUUAAAAGACUGUCAUCUAUUAGUUGCUGAGAUUGCUUGUGGAAUGAGGACCAUUAUUCCAAUGAACUCGGUAACUUGAGUCUUCAAACAAAUCUGUGUGCAACUGGAUACCUCUACUCAUUGGGUUCAUCUGCCAAUGUUACCCAGAUCAGCACCAGAGACAAGGUCUGAGCUGAGGCAGACUAACCUGCAGUUGAAAGUUCACUUGUCCACAUGUUGUAGUGAGUGAGUGAGUGAGUGAGUGAGUGAGUGAGUAUGGUUAAAUGCCUCCUUUAGCAAUAUUCAAGGUCUGAGCUGAGGCAUACUAACCUGCAUUUGAUAGUUCACUUGUCCACAUGUUGUAGUGAGUGAGUGAGUGAGUGAGUGAGUGAGUGAGUGAGUGAGUAUGGUUUUACGCCACUUUUAGCAAUAUUCCAGCAAUAUCAGAGUGGGGGACACCAGAAUUGGCUUCCCACAUUGUACCCAUGUCGGUAAUUGAACCGGGGUUUUCGGCGUGACAAGCGAACACUUUAACCUCUAGGCUACCCGACCGCCCCCCACAUGUUGUAGAAGAUGUAAAUAUUUUGUAGAUAACACAAUGUACAUAUUUCAUAAGGAACAUUCAUCAUACAUGAACAGUCAUUAUCUUAAAAGAAAUAUCAUUUUGUGCUGUUGCUACAUGAAAGAGAUCACUUUCUUUAGAUGUCUUUAAGGCGUAAAAAAUAAAAGAAUUGGUUCUCAGGCAAUGAAAACAUCGUGCAGGUGGACAGGCGGUUUUGUUUUGUUUUUUGUUUUUUGUUUUGUUUUUUGAUUGAUCAAACUAGUAAGGACCUCCCUACAUAAACAAUUAUGCAAACUGCUAUUACCACCAUGACCAUAACACCAGAUGCGCAGUAAAUCAGUGUGCAUGUAAAGGGAAGUAACUGUGUGCUAUAUUGGAUCGCAUUGUUUUUAAGAAUUAGGAUUUUUUGAUUAUUUUGAUAAUGGAAAUAAAAACGAAAUUUGCGGCGGACUUUAUGAUGAUGUGGGCAGUGCCUGAGAACCAAGACUCUUAUUAUUGUUUUAGCCUUAGGAAAACCAUGGAAAGGUUGUGCAGAGUUGUGUCCCUUUGUCAUGGGUAGUGAUAGUGUUCCGAGGUCUCAGCACAGUGCUCAUACUUUUUACUAGAAACCUGCAACACUUGCUCAUUAAGCUGUAACAUCCAGAAACAAGGGAAAUACUUUGUGAAACCCACAUCAAUCACUCACUCAAGGAGCAGAUGUGUCGCAUCAUACUUAUUAAAUGAAAUAAGAUCCUACACACCAUCAACUUGCCUAUAUCAAUACUGUUCGAUAGAUUCAAUUUUAUAUACAUUGUGAUCAUUAAGCCCUAAACAGUUUUUGAUUGUCAGCCAGCAGCCUUAUCGGUAUAAACCUCAGUAAGCUGACAUCAUAUAAUAGCUGAUGCGGCUCAACCUAAGAAAGACGACUCCCCACACCAGUUUCUGCAAAAUCAUUGUCGAAGAAGUGCUUAUGUAUUUCAGACUUACACUUAAUACGUGAUUGUGUAAAUUUUAGAAACUUUGAAUAUUAUAUUUUUUAAGGAUGAAUAGCUAAAUCUGUUCGAUGUCAUCUAUUUUACAUGUUAUAUAUUGUCCCGAGUUAAGACGAGGGUGUUUGUUCAUUGCGAUUUGUUAUUGUAUUCAUACCAUUUCAAAUGAAUGGAGUUUCUCUUGGAAUAAAGCAUUUUAUCAUG